AUGUCAUUAUCAGUUUUGCAGAUUGUGUCGUAGUUUUUAUCAACAAACAAGAGUCAUACAAUCAUACUUAAUAGAUAAAUCAAAACUACAUCAAUAUUUUUAUAACAACGAUUUAUAAAAUUUUAUUGCGAUGGCUUUGACGAACGUUUUACUGCUAAGUCAAAUAGCGGGCUACGUGAUCGGCCUUAUUUUGUCUCUAUGUAUUAUUGUACCCAUGAGUAUGCAUCAAGAUGAGUUCAGUGGUCACUGUCUGCUCUUCUCCAAGGGCACUUGGCAAGAGGAAGACGGACAGCUGCUAGUGAUGUGGGCAUCUCGUGCAUAUUGCAACUAUGUCAUAGUGGUUGGAGUGAUCAUGUUCAUAGUAUGCAGCGUACAAAUAUACAGGCUGUCGGUGUUCAUGUACCGCGGCACCGACAGCUCGUUCUUGUCGGCGUUCAUCGAGGCGGCGGUGUGCGCGCUGCUGUGCGCGCUGGGCGUGUCGGCCGCCGCGCUCGUGACGCUCGGCUUCAUGACCUGGUGCCAGAACAUCGUGGAGCGCUUCCCGAGCUGUGAGGAUGCGACCGGACAGGAUAUAGAUAAAAAAGACAAAAUAUCGACUCAUGGAUUCUACAUUGAACUUGGAACUGCACAAUUCGGCGCGUGGGGCGCGUUCGCGACGUGGGUGGGGCUGGCCGUGUUCUCCACGCUCAAGGUGUGUCGCUACCACCAGCUGCAGAACAUACAGGUGUCCAUGUACCGCGAGCGGCAGAGGCUCGUCAACGAGGGUGGGUCCACCCCGCCCCACCACUAACUGCAGCACGUAGAAAAUGCUAGUGCCAAUACGUCCAAAGCGUCCCAUUUGCCAUCCCACUCACACACGUCCACGAUGAGUGAGACGGGUGGGGAGGAGAAGAUUCGUAAUAACAACUAGGAUCACCUUAAUCUGACAUCUGUCCUCUUACUUCAGUGUAGACCACCUUCUCCGCCAGAUCUCAAUAUCAUUUGAUUGCAAUUAUAAAUUAUUCUGGCAGAAAAUAAGUCGUGUAUAUAAUAUACUGUAGGUAACAAUUUCGCUUUAAUUCAUAAUGAUUGCAUGAUGUAUUGCUUAUAACUAUAAAAUAUUAAAACACAAAAGUUAUGUUCUCAUAAUAUUCUGUUAAUAUUGCUUUAUAUAUCAUGCAAUAACUUUGUGGAAGCUGCGUAUUGUAUAUCGAUGUGGUAACAUUGCCUGGAGCCCUGGGACAUCCCUACAAUAGUAGGCGAUGAGAUAAUGCUCUUAAUACAUUGUUAUGAUUUCAUUAACUUAACAAUUGUAGCAAUUUGAUGAUAUAUUUAGAAACUAAUGGACUCACUUAUAAACAUUAUUUAAUGGUGUUUAGUUAAUAACUGUACCUCUCUUUCUAUCAUCAUUGAAUUGCCAUUUGAAAGAAGAAGAACAGUAUUGUUUAUAUAUAGAGGUAAAGCUGCAAGGCAUUAAAGCCUAGACUAGCAUAUUGUAUAAAAUUUUAAAUAGAAUUGAUAUAUUUAUAUAUGUUCGUGUAGAUAAGAGAAAUUAUUUAUUUAUUUAUAGUCUAUGUCGCUAUACUUUUUGCUACUAAUUAAUGUUUUUAUUUAUUUUUGCAUCAAUUUUCCUCAAUAGCUUUGCUGAUUGUUAAUUGGUAUUUGAUUUAUAAAUCUGAUGUGAUCUUGUUUUAAUUUAAAAAAAUCUUGUUUCAAAGUUGUUUUGUGGUGUGGUGUGUCACUUGUUUUGUUUUACUAUGUCUUCCUUUAUUGUGAAGCAAUUUUAAUGAUUCUUAUUGUAUUGAAUUUAUUAUUUAUUGGUUUCCUAAAGUAAAGCAAGGCAAGCUGUUUAACCAAGUCCAAAAGGGAGUAAGUGUUCUAAUACAACAUUCUCGAUUGUUUUCUUUUUUUAGUUUCAUUGGUGUAUAAUGUAGAGAGUAUUAUAAAAGUGUAGGCGAAUUUUAGAAGUAUGUUUUAGCAAAUUUAAUUAAUUCUUUACUGUCAACAAGAAUUCAAUAACCGAACAUACAAUAUUGGGCUUAAUUAGCACAAAUGUUAAAAUAAAUAUAACAAAUGCUUAUCUUUAUUUAAACUGAAUGUCUUAAGCCAUUAUCGUUGUUUUUCAUGAGUUACAAAAAUAAAUUAUGAAAUUUAUUGUAUCUACGAGAUUGAUUUGAUAUUGACUUUGAAAAUACCGCUAAGCAAUAAUAUCUUCUGUAAAUGUGUAAAUGUUGUCAAUAUUACUAUUAAUGUUACCAUUAUAAAACAUCAGCUGAC